GUCAAAGAUGGCGGAGAAACGAGAGGGUGAAGUGAUUGCUGAUGAAAAUGAGUCUAAAAAGAAGAAACAAACACGAGUAUGGAUGGAUGGAUGCUUUGACAUGGUGCAUUUUGGACAUGCCAAUGCUCUUAGGCAAGGUAAAAUGAUGGGAGAUUACCUCAUAGCUGGAGUACAUUCCGAUGAAGAAAUAUCAAAACACAAAGGACCUCCAGUUUUCAAUGAAAGAGAAAGGUACAAGAUGGUGCGAGCCAUAAAGUGGGUUGAUGAGAUUGUAGAAGAUGCUCCCUACAUUACUCAGAUUGAAACUCUGGACAAAUACAACUGUGACUUCUGUGUGCAUGGAGAUGACAUCACUGUAUCGGCAGAUGGAAAAGAUACUUAUCAUAUCGUGAAAACUUCUGGAAGAUACAAAGAGUGUAAAAGAACUCAGGGUGUAUCUACAACAGAUCUUGUUGGAAGAAUGUUGUUGGCAACAAAAUCUCAUUUUCAACAUGAUGAUAAUGUGGAUAAAGGCACCGUUGAACAAAUUGCACAGGACAAGAGUGCAAAGAGUCCAUGGACUGGGACCUGUCACUUCUUGGCAACCACACAAAAGAUUAUCCAGUUCUCUAAUGGCAGGGAACCAAACCCCAGUGACAAGAUAGUCUACGUGGCUGGUGCUUUUGACCUGUUCCAUGUGGGACUGCUGGAUUUUCUGGAAAAGGUCUCUCAGCAAGGUGACUUUGUGAUAGUAGGAAUCCAUACAGACCAGGCUGUUAAUAGGUACAAAGGGAGAAACUACCCUAUAAUGAAUCUUCAUGAAAGAGUUUUAUGUGUUCUUGCUUGCAAGUAUGUAUCAGAAGUAGUCAUUGGAGCACCAUAUGAAGUAACAGCUGACCUUAUGGAUCAUUUUAAAGUGGACUUGGUUUGUCAUGGUAAAACUCCCAUAAUGCCUUGUGCAGAUGGCUCAGAUCCAUAUGCAGUGCCCAAGUCAAGAGGGAAAUUUAGGGUUAUUGAUAGUGGUAAUGAAUUAACCACAAUGAUGAUAGUAGAAAGAAUUAUUAAGCACAGACUGGAAUACGAAGAACGUAAUAAGAAGAAAGAGGUGAAAGAAGCAAAAAUCAUGGCAGCAUUGUCAAAUGGAGGUGAUAAGUAAUGUGAAACCUUUGAAUUGUGAUCUUCCAUAAAUGUUUUUUGAACAGUUUAAAACUGUUUGGUGCCAAACUGUUAUAUAUACCAUUUGAGCUAAAGUGGAUCAAAAACAUUGGCAUUUCUAUUGUCUUAUAUAUGUAUGUGUAAACCUUGAAAUGUGUUGGUGAUGUAUUAUUAUGCAUGUAUAUUGUAAAUGUUGGGAUUUUACCAGCAGUGGUUGAUUAGUGGUGUAUAACUUACUUUUGAUUUAGAUUUUGUAAAUUUUUGCCAUUUAUGUUUUUUUAAAAAUUUUAUAUAAUUUUAGACUUAGUGAAAGAUAUGUAAUCAGAAUUUCAAAUCCAUAAUUGCUGUGACAAAAUGAGUGUUAUUACACUUUUAAGAAGUGCAAGAAGUUGCUGGAUACAGUAAAAUUCCAUGAAAUGGAUGUGUAACCCUGCAUUGGUCCAUUACUAACCAAAUUGCUGUGCCAAUGUUUCUGUGCAAUUAAGAAUUUGUAUUUCUUAUUAGUCAUUUAUAAAUAUCCUGUGAAUUUAGUCUGAAAAAAAGAGAAUUUAUACAUGGUCAUCUUUGGUGGUGGCAAUACAUGUAUGCAGAAUUUAUGUGGGAAGAGGAACCUAGUCAACAGUAAGGUUUCUUUUAAAUAUCCCUGCAUUGAUUUUAAAGCCUGAAAUUACUUCUUAUUAUGUGUAAUGUUUAAGUAAUUUUAAGAUCAUUUAAUAUAGUCGGUUCUGUCAUUGUCUGUUUAUCAAUAUUGCAUGUGUAGAUAUAUAUUUGUGGGUAUGGGCCUUAUGGUGAGAAACAAUAUCAUCACAAAAAGGGGAAGUUAGUAGGUGGUUAAAGAAGUAAAAUGAUACUGAUUUGCUAUAUUUCACAUUUGAAUUAAUGGAUCAUUUGGUUGCUUUUUUAAAGAACAGUUCAACACAUGUUCACAAACUUUGUAUUCAUA